AUGCCCCCUGUACAACGCACAGCGACACUGGUUCCUGACGCGCUUGCGAUCAUCCAAAGGAACCAUGCCGGGCUCCGUCGUCGCUCUGGCGCCUACGACAGCCACGUGUGGAAAGGCGGCCUGAAUGUCGCCUCGGUCGACCUGAUUGCCAUGCUGGUCAGCGACGCCGGGCUGUCCAAUCUCGAGCCGCAGUGGUGGAAUGCUUCUCCGUGGGGAUGCUUCCUCAUCGGUCUCCAGCCUCGCGGCGGAUGGCAGAUCAUGCAACGGGCAGUGCAAUGGGGCAAUGACAGGUGGGCCCAUUCGUUCGGCGUCGACUGUAGCAAAAAUGUCAUGUACUCCUAUUUCGCUUGCAGCAUUCGGAAUCGGCUUGAAGUCUGGGAUUCCGACCGGUUCGAUUCUCCCACGCAAGUUUCCGUGGCCGCAAAGCCCCAUGUGCCCCCUCGAUGGCUCUCCGACAUCCUAUUUGACCGCAAGAAAAUGCCGGAACCGAGAGAAUGGCGAGCUCUCAGGAUCGACGGCGACCGUACAUUCUCAAUGGAUCGACCGUCGAAACUGACGGACGGCAGCCGAGGCGGACAAGCUUUCAUGUGUGAGAUAUUAAAGCCCCCCGACGGCAAGACUUACAAUAUCGCUGAUCAAGCUCGAAUGCAAUUGCUCAGCGUGAUGUUGGUGGCCAUUGCCCUGAUCAAACAAAAGCACCUCGAGCGCUGGGAGUGUGUCCUCACAGAGGAAUUCCAACUCAACGAUCAGCUGGGCGUCAUCUUCCGAAGACUCCUUCGAUUUCUGAUGGUGGCCAAUGUCUUCGUGGUUGGAUUCAUCAUUUCGGCAUUCUAUGCGCUUUGGGUACACAAUAUCUUCGGCAACGCCGCUCCCUAUCUCAUCCAGCUUUGCUCGAUAGCGUCGUGGGCUUUUGGCGCCAUUGGUCUGCUGAUGCUGGGAGGAAAUCCUCGAGUCAGGAUCAAGAGGGAUAAGGAGACACCAACGUGGGUCGAAGAGCGCUUCGACGCGCUCCCCCUAGAUGGUGCCGAGGAGGGCAAGUGCCGGCAGGCAGAAUUGAAGUUUGGAUACCUCCAAGGAACCACCUUCACGCCGGUUCAAGGGAGCUGCCGUGUCCCUCUUGAUAUUGUGAAGUUGAUCUGCCAGUGGGACCUGAUCUUGACGAGGAGUUGCGCAUGGUAUGGGGGGAUGAUUUGGUGUGCAGCAUAUCUCGGAGUCAGUAUCGUGCUGCAAAUUGCCGGCGCAAAGGUGGCAACGGUACCGGCCGAGGUCAUGGCGGUUGUCAUUCUUAUUUUGACGUCCGUUGUGAGAGGAACUGGCGUAUCUGGCUCGGAAGAGAGAAUGAUCCCCAGUUGGAAAGUCAAGCCAGAUACAGCUUACGGCGCCACUUUGUUGGGAAAGAUGAUGUCGCGUGUUUGA